AGUCAUUUUCAUUCUUCACCGCUGUUUUUCUUUUAGGAACCACCAAAACUCAGACACUGACUGCAACUAUAUACUCACACACACACAUCAAGAUAUAUAUACAUAUAUAGAAAACUAGAAAUUGGAGGGAUUUUGACAUCAAGAACCAGAUAGUUGACUUCAAUUGUUUGCAGGUUUAAUCAAACCAGCGUUUAUAUAAAUAUAUAUAGCUCUGAUUUUGGCUAGGUAUUUAGACAAAAUCUAAAAAGGAUGCGUAGCAUGGCCAGCUCUGCCUCGUCCAAGGGCAUCGCCGCCAUUGUCGGCGUCGGCCCAAAGCUCGGCCGGUCCAUCGCCCGCAAAUUCGCCCAUGAAGGUUACACUGUCGCCAUCCUCGCCCGCGACCUAGGUAGAUUGUCAAAAUUUGCUGAUGAAAUAGCUAGAGAAGAAAAGGCACAAGUAUUUGCAAUCCGAAUCGAUUGCUCGGAUUCUCGAAGCAUAAGAGAGGCAUUUGAAGCGGUUCUUUCAUUGGGUUUUGUUGAAGUUUUGGUUUACAAUGCGUACCAACCCGUUUCAGGCCAACCCAACAAAUUUACUGACGUUAGAGUCGAUCAUUUCGAGAAUUCCCUUGCAGUUUCGUCUGUCGGCCCCUUCCACUGUGCCCAACAGGUACUUCCGGGCAUGGUGGAUAGAGGGAGAGGGACAAUUCUCUUCACCGGUUGUUCUGCUUCUCUUAACGGCAUUGCUGGUUACCCCAACUUGAGUUGUGGGAAGUUUGCUAUGAGAGGGCUAUCACAAUGCUUGGCAAAAGAGUUCCAACAUCAAGGAGUCCAUGUGGCACAUGUCAUCAUCGAUGGCAUCAUUGGCACAUCUCGUUUGUCUGGUGGGUUUAUGCCAUCGACGUCACAGCACAGAACAAUCGGGGAACAGCCAUUCAGUGGAGGAGAUGGGUGCAUGGACCCUGACGUGGUGGCUCAGACCUAUUGGCACUUGCAUAUUCAGGAUCGAUCCAUCUGGACACAAGAAAUCGACCUUCGUCCCUCCACCCCAAAACUACAUUAAACCAAAAGAAUUCCAAACUUGAAUCUGUAAUUCAUGCUUCAUUUCUCUAAUCUUCGAGUAUUGCAUAAUCUUGAGUGGAAACAAUAUGUAAUAUGGACUUUCAUUAGUUCGGUUGUGUGUUGAGUUUUUGCAUUCAAGUUUCUAGUGGAAAUCAUUAAUACAUGUGGAAUUUGAUGAACAGGACUCGUGAUGAUUGAGGGAUCUAGUUCCUUAAGAGUGUAC